UCUUCGCGCCGAGGGGGCGGAAGUUUGUUUUUCCCGGGAAUCAAGUUUGUGGCUGGGGAAGCAGCUCCUUCCUUUUUCUGUACAGGGAAUCGUCAUGUCUGGUUUUGAUGACCCUGGCAUCUUCUACAGUGACAGCUUCGGUGGGGAGCCAGUAGCUGAUGAGGGGCAAGUCCGAAAGUCCCAGCUGCAGAAACGUUUCAAAGAGUUUUUAAGACAGUAUCGGGUUGGAACAGACCGGACUGGGUUCACCUUCAAAUACAGAGAUGAGCUUAAGCGACAUUACAACCUGGGGGAGUACUGGAUUGAGGUGGAGAUGGAGGACUUGGCAAGCUUUGAUGAGGACCUGGCAGACUACCUGUUCAAGCAACCUGCUGAGCACCUGCAGCUGCUAGAGGAAGCGGCAAAGGAGGUGGCUGAUGAAAUAACACGCCCUCGUCCAACGGGAGAGGAGACUCUUCAAGACAUUCAAGUCAUGCUGAGGUCGGAUGCCAAUCCAGCCAAUAUCCGCAGUCUCAAGUCGGAGCAGAUGUCUCAUCUGGUGAAGAUCCCAGGAAUCAUCAUCGCUGCAACUGCUGUGAGAGCCAAAGCCACCAGGAUCACCAUCCAGUGUCGCACAUGCCGAAACAUCAUCCCCAACAUUGCCUUGCGCCCUGGCCUGGAAGGAUACGCUCUUCCUCGGAAAUGCAGCACGGAACAGACAGGCCUAACAAAGUGCCCUUUGGACCCAUACUUCAUUGUUCCGGACAAGUGCAAAUGUGUGGAUUUCCAGACCCUGAAGCUCCAGGAGUCGCCAGAUGCUGUCCCCCAUGGGGAGAUGCCCAGGCACAUGCAGCUCUACUGCGACAGGUAUUUAUGUGACAAGGUUGUCCCUGGGAACAGAGUGACCAUCAUGGGCAUCUACUCCAUCAAGAAGUCUGGCCUCACAAAGAACAAGGGCCGGGACAAUGUUGGCGUGGGCAUACGAAGCUCUUACAUCCGUGUGGUGGGAAUCCAAGUGGACACGGAAGGCUCAGGACGUAGUGCCAGUAGUUCUGUGACUCCUCAGGAAGAAGAGGACUUCCGACGACUCGCUUCCAUGCCCAAUAUUUACGAGACAAUUGCCAAGAGUAUUGCUCCCUCCAUCUAUGGAAGUGCUGAUAUCAAGAAGGCUAUUGCCUGCAUGCUUUUUGGAGGCUCUCGGAAGAGGCUUCCAGAUGGGUUGACCCGCAGAGGGGAUAUUAAUCUGCUCAUGUUGGGAGACCCAGGCACAGCCAAGUCCCAGCUGCUGAAGUUUGUAGAAAGAUGUUCACCCAUUGGGGUGUACACCUCUGGGAAAGGCAGCAGUGCAGCUGGCCUGACAGCUUCGGUGAUCAGAGACCCAUCUUCACGGAGUUUCUUCAUGGAAGGAGGAGCCAUGGUGCUGGCUGAUGGGGGAGUGGUUUGCAUUGAUGAGUUUGACAAGAUGCGUGAGGAUGACAGAGUGGCUAUCCAUGAAGCGAUGGAGCAGCAAACCAUCUCCAUUGCCAAGGCCGGUAUCACGACCACCCUAAACUCACGCUGCUCCGUGUUGGCAGCUGCCAACUCUGUCUUUGGUCGCUGGGACGAAACUAAAGGCGAAGAGAACAUAGAUUUCAUGCCCACCAUCCUUUCCCGAUUUGACAUGAUCUUCAUUGUCAAGGAUGAGCACAAUGAGGAAAGAGAUAUGAUACUGGCCAAGCACGUGAUGGCUCUGCAUGUGAGUGCUCUGACCCAGACCCAAGCUGUGGAGGGGGAGAUUGAGCUGAACAAACUGAAGAAGCUGAUCGCCUACUGCCGAGCGAAGUGCGGCCCUCGUCUUUCUGCAGAGGCCGCAGAGAAGCUGAAGAACCGCUACAUCCUCAUGCGCAGCGGAGCCCGCCAGCACGAGAGGGAAACCGACCGUCGAUCCAGCAUUCCCAUUACAGUCAGGCAGCUGGAGGCCAUUGUGCGGAUUGCAGAGUCCCUCAGCAAGAUGAAGCUCCAACCUUUUGCCACGGACGCAGAUGUCGAGGAAGCCCUGCGGCUCUUCCAGGUGUCUACGCUCGAUGCUGCCAUGUCGGGCAGCCUCUCAGGCGUGGAGGGUUUCACUACCCAGGAGGACCAGGAGAUGCUGUCGCGCAUUGAAAAGCAGCUCAAGCGUCGCUUUGCCAUUGGCUCCCAAGUAUCCGAACACAGCAUCAUCCAGGAUUUCGUGAAGCAAAAAUACCCUGAGCAUGCCAUCUACAAAGUGCUACAACUCAUGAUGCGCCGUGGCGAGAUCCAGCAUCGCAUGCAGCGCAAGGUCCUCUAUCGCAUCAAGUAGAACGCCACUUCCUUCCGUGAGCUUCAGAAGCGGAUUGGCUCUCCCCACCACACCUGACACAAAAGUUAUGUGAGUCCCCUCGGGCUGUUUGCUUCCUGUCCCUACCACAAAGGUCCUUCAGAGACUGGCCCCAUCUAUGUCUUGCGGAUGGAAACUCUUCAUGGCACAGAGGCUGAUAAGAAGAGCUGUUGUUAUUUUGUUCCAGCUUUCCCAUUAAAGUGUCGCAUUGGUGUUUUGCUAGAACACCAAAAGCUUUUUAGCUGCAUUGAAACUUAAUAAAUAAAAUAUAGUCGUGUUUGUUGCGGGCGUGUGAGUGUUUGGUGGGCUGCCCGGCAAACAUGCAAGAGGGUCACUUUCCCAGCUUGUU